UAUUCAAGCAAUUACACAAAAGUAGAUGGGUGAAAGUGAAAUAAAUGUUGGAUGAUUCAUCAAAAACGAUACAAUUAAAUCACAUACUUUGAGUUUGAAACAGUGUAUUGUCAAUUGUGUAUGUGUGUGUGUGACUGUGUGUGAAGAGGCUUUCACCUUUCUCUCUCUUCUCUUGGAAGUGACACAAAACGGACCUCAUGCAAAAGCAAAACCCCUUCUUCCCCUCAUAAAACCCUCCUGAAGUUAUGCCUUCUGCUCUUCAAUGGCGUCUCCCUCACAACAAUCUCCCCCUCCUCCUCUUACUCAUCCUCAUUCCCUGAAAGCCCUUGUCGCCUUCCGCAACCUCAUCUGUCCAGAGCUGAUUAGGACGGUGCAUCUGUAUCGAUCGGAGGAAGGAGGGGAAGAAUCGGAGGUGGAAAGAGAGUAUGUGUUUCAUAAGGAGAAGGAUUACGAGGAGAUUAGCUUCUGUAAAGUGUUUACCUUGAAGAAAUUUGAAGUUUCGUCACACUUUGAAGGGCUUGUGAAUGGUGUGUGGCUCUGCAUUUAUGUCUUCGACGCUUCCUGUUGGUCUCCUGCUGAUAUCGACCGACUCCCUACUGUUCUUACAAUCUCCAGGAAUCACAAGCUGGAUUCAAUCCCAACAUUGGCUAAUGACUUACAAACAAUUAAUCAGCUCAGCUGUGAAAUGGGAAGGUUUAAACAUUGUAAAGGAGAAUCUGAGGAAGAUGGGGAAGAAGACAAAGACAAUCGGUAUAAGAAUCAUCACAUGUGUGAUGUGGAUCUUAAUUCUCUUCCUUAUGGACUUUCAGAAAAUGAUGAAAGUGAUCAAAGCGCCACAGAUGUUUCAGGGAAGAAGAAAAGAAGGGCAGCAACAAAAGACAUAGCUAGCCUUAAUCUAGAGGAUCUAUCCAAGUACUUUGACCUUCCCAUCAUUGAAGCUUCAAAAAACUUAAAAGUCGGACUCACCGUCCUCAAAAAGAAAUGCCGCGAGUUUGGCAUUCCCCGUUGGCCACACCGAAAGAUCAAAUCACUUGACGGUCUCAUUUCCGAUCUCCAGGAAGAGGUAAAGCGACAGCAAGAGGAGGACAAGGGCGGCGGUGGGGGUGGUGGUGCCGCCUUGGCGGUGGUGGAAAGGCAAAAAAUGAUAGAAAGUGAAAAGGAAACGAUAGAGAAGAAACCGUUCAUGGAUAUCCAAAGAGAGACCAAGAAAUUCAGACAAGAUAUUUUUAAGAAGAGGCAUAGGGCUAGACUUCUUGAAACCCAAUGCCGAACCUUGCCUUUGUUUUAGUUUUUUUUUUUUUUUUUUUUUUCAUCUCAAAUGACUUUAACAAUCCAAAUAAAACUCUACUUUGUUUUUUUCUUUGUUACUCUUUAAGAAUUUGAAUUUUAUGAGUGUUUUCGUA